GUGUCAGAACUGAGACAGCAGCUCCGAAUACGAGGGCUGCCUGUGUCGGGUACCAAAACAGCGCUGAUGGAACGGCUGCGGCCCUUCCAGGAGUGCGGCAGCAACACGGUGCCCAACUUCGGUGAGAUCACCACCGUCACCUUCCCAGUCACUCCGACAAGCACCCUGUCGAGUUACCAGUCACAGUCCUCCACCAGCAUGUUAUCAAACGGCUUCUACCACUUUGGCAGCACCAGCUCCACCCCACCUAUCUCUCCAGCUUCCUCUGACCUCUCUGUGAGCGGCUCUUUGCCAGACACAUUCAACGACGGGCCCAUGUCUUCACCACAGUUUGGUCUCCAGCCGUCUCCAGUUCAUGGCAGUGCUGAAGAGAGCCUCAUGAGCAGCAUGAAUGGUGGGAGCAUCCAGCUGGAGCUGGAAGGGAUGGACACAGAGAAAGACAAGAUGCUGGUGGAGAAGCAGAAGGUCAUCAAUGAACUGACAUGGAAGCUGCAGCAAGAGCAGAGGCAGGUGGAGGAGCUACGGAUGCAGCUCCAGAAGCGAAAGAGAAGCAAUGGCCUUGAGGAGAAGCAGCAGCCCGCUCAGCAUUUCUUUGGUGUCCCCAUCAAGCAAGAAAAUGCAGUGUCCAGCUGUCCGUUUGCGUCCAAACAAACGGCCUUGAAAGGCCAAGGCAGCAGCUCAGACAAGUUAAGUAACUGUGGGGUGGUGCCACAGCUGCCUCACGUUGUAAAUAGCCACUGCUUGGAGCCUGCGGGGCAAAGCACCAUCACCUCCUCGACAUUCCUGAGCCCCCAGUGCUCCCCCCAGCACUCCCCGCUCGGGGCUGCCAAGAGCCCCCAGCACAUCAGCCUGCCGCCGUCCCCCAACAGCCACUAUCUCCUCUCCGUGUCCCCUGGCUCCCAGGCAGAAGGUCGCAGCGGCUCCCCCCAGACCAACAGCUGUCUCCGCACGGCGUCGCAGAUGACACGAAGUCAGCAGAUGGACGAGCUCCUGGACGUGCUGAUUGAGAGUGGAGAAAUGCCAGCCAAUGCCAAGGAAGAUCGAUCCUGCCUCCAGAAAGUACCUCAGAUAACGGUGUCUACAGGGAACUCCAGCGCUUCGCUCCCAAAAUCAUCUGCUCCGUUCGAGCAGGUGUCCUCAGCCCAGCUCUCCUUCGAGCACUGUCCGGGCAGCAGUGAUACUCACCUCGAGGUCCUGCUGAAAAAAAAAAGGGUCAGUGAAAUUGCCCUGCUGAAGAUGGGGGGAGAAGAUUCCCACUUCGAAGGGAUGAUGGACGGGUUCUCCGGCAAAGCCACAGAUGAACUGCUCACCUCCCAGGAGAUUUUACAGACUCCCCUUUCACCCAUGGAAACCCAGCUCUCCCCUUCCCCUGCCGAUGGCUCCGGUUUACAAAUGAGUUUCACUGAGUCUCCCUGGGAAACGAUGGAGUGGCUGGACCUCACUCCCCCCAGCUCUGCCACGGGCUUUGGCUCGCUCACCCCUGCGGGUCCCAGCAUCUUCAACAUUGAUUUCCUGGAUGUCACCGAUCUCAAUCUAAACACCAGCAUGGACCUGCACCUGCAGCAGUGGUGAAAGGGAGGGCGGUGGAGGCAGGAUGCUGUAAGCCUGCAGCAGCCAGCACAGUGUUUCUGUCCCACUGGAGAACACGCAG